AUGGAGGGUUUGCACUCACUAAAAUUCCUAUUAAACGAAGGCGAUAGGAUGUGCAAGUUAGACCUGAAAGAUGGCUAUUUCAGUGUUCCACUGCACAAUUUUUCCAAAAAAUUUAUGAGGUUCGAGUUGUCAGGCAAUCUAUACGAAUUCCUCUGUCUUUGUUUUGGCUUUGUUCUAGCUCCACGGAUUUUUACAAAAUUGCUGAAAAUUCCCAUGGCAGUUCUUCGUCGUUUAAUGAUCAGAAUUGUAAUUUACUUAGACGACAUGUUAAUUUUGGGACGGUCCAGAGAGGAGGUCCUUAUGGCACGAGACACAUUGAUUUUUUUCUUACAAAAUUUGGGAUUUUUAAUACAUUUGAAAAAAUCUGUCCUGGAGCCAACUCAGAAAAUAGAGUUCUUGUUAAUGUCUGUGAAUUCAUUAACCAUGUCUCUGUAUCUAACAAAGGAGAAAGUUGCCAAAAUACAUAAACAGUGCUUGAGUUUGUACAAGGCGAGAGAAGCCACUAUACUGGAGCUGACUCAAUUAAUAGGAGUUCUGUCUUCCAUCAUAGAAGCAGUUCUGCCAGCUCGUCUAGAGUUUUGUUUUCUACAACAACAGCAAAUUCAAAGUCUAAAAGUUUCAAAAUCUUAUGCAACCCUAGUGCAUUUGAGGAGGAAAUCCCUGGAAGAACUUCUAUGGUGGGUGAACAAUCUGACUUUGUACAAUGGACGUUCCCUUAUUCAACCUCAAACACAAUUUUUGUUACAGACAGAUGCUUUCCUGAAUGGCUGGGGAGCAGUUUGUCAAGGGAACAGAACGGGAGGCAUGUGGUCCCUAACAGAACAAAUUCUUCAUAUAAAUGCUUUGGAAUUACUGGCAAUCAAACUAGCACUUCUGUCUUUUCACAAAACAAAACAAUUUGCAUCAGUUCACAUUCAAACAGACAACAUGACAGCAUUGUCUUACCUCCUCAAAAUGGGAGGAACAAAGAAUUUAACUAUGAUAAAAAUAGCCAAGGAAAUUUGGGAUUUCCUAUUACUCCACAAGAUCAUGAUUACUGCAAAGUACCUCCCAGGUUGUCUAAAUAUCAAGGCAGACUGA